CCCAUAGAAUAAAUAGGACAAGGACGGGCACAGACACAGAAAGAGAAGAAUUUUAGUUAAUGUCCUUAAUUCAGAGCAAUUAUCAUGUAUAGCUGGAGAGCAGUUAAUGCCUCACACUGACGGUGCACCAAACUUCCCGUUCCACCGAAGAAACAUCUUCUGCGAUCUCUGUUGCUGUGUUGCUCCGUGCUCCUGCUGCCUUCUGCUCACUUGCGUUGACUACAUUCUGAGCAAUGUAGGUUCGGAGAAGCCUGAUCCGCCGGGAAUCAAGGCUCCAGGGUUUUAAGAAAGGAAUGGUGAUGGCGAAAGGACAGGAUGGUCGCCGAGGAGGAAAGGAAAAGCGUCGGUACCCUGCAUUUUCUGCCGCCUACUUCAAGCAGAAGAUCCUUGACGCCGUUAGCUGCGGCGGGACGAGGCGGCGGAGCGUGGACAUGGAGGCGGAGCUGUGCGUGCUUCCGGCGGUGGCGGAUGCAUGUGGGGGAAAGAGAUCGGAGCGGCUGGCGGAGCUGCUGAUGGUGGAAGCGAAAGAGGAGAGGCAGCGUGGGGAGGCGGAAGCGGAGGAGGUGGUGAGGAGGAAGGUGGAGAGGUUGCAGGGGUUCGAGAGGGCGGUCAAGGAGUUAGAGGGCGGGAAGGACGAGGAGGAGGAUGGGGUCAUGAGGAAGGUGGAGGCGGCGAUGAGAGUGAGGCGGGCGUGCAGGGACGAUGCAGAGGCCAGGGCGACUUUGGCAAUGCUGGGCGCCAUUCCUCCCCUGGUGGCGAUGCUUGAGUUGGCGAGCUCCGGCGCUCGAGUCGCGGCUCUCUACGCGCUUCUCAAUCUCUCCAUCGGAAACGAUCUGAACAAGGCUGCGAUCGUGAAGGCCGGAGCGGUGCACAAGAUGCUGACGAUGGUUCAGGCGAAGGGGGAGGCGGAGCAAGAGACGCUGGAGGGCGUGGUGGCUAACUUUCUGGCCCUGAGCGCCCUCGAUGCCAACAAGCCCAUCAUCGGCUCCUCCGGGGCCAUUCCCAUCCUGGUCGGAGCCCUCCGGCCUUCCGGCGGCACCUGUCGGCAGUGCAAACUCGACGCCCUCCGGGCCCUCUACAACCUAUCCAUCGCCCCCUCCAACGUCCACCUCAUCCUCGAAGCCCAGCUCGUCCCUUUCCUUAUCAGAACUCUGGGGGACAUGGAGCUCAGCGACCGCAUCCUCGCCCUGCUCGGCAACCUCGUCUGCACGCCGGAAGGCCGGAAGGCGGUGAGCGCGGCCCGCGACUCUGUCCCUAUCCUCAUCGACGUCGUCAACUGGAUCGACGCCCCCGACUGCCAGGAGAAGGCAGUCUACAUCUUGAUGGUCAUGGCUCACAAGAGUUACCAAGAUCGCCAGACCAUCCUGGAGGCAGGUGCCGUCUCCGCCCUGCUUGAGCUCACGCUUAUCGGGUCGCCAUUAGCGCAGAAAAGGGCAUCGAGGAUACUCGAGUUCUUGAGGACUGAUAAAAGAAAAGAAGCGUUGGAUGAUGGUGAAGACGAUGAACCAAACUUCAGUAGCAACAAUCAUGGUGUCAGUGUCUCCGAGCCUAUAGUCGAUACUGGCAGAGGAUACGGCAGCGGCCGAUUAAGAGGCGGAGGAGCUGACGCAGAGAAAGGGAUGAGCGAGGAGAAGAUGGCGGUGGCCAAGUUGGUGGAGCAGAGCCUGGAGAGCAACUUGAAGAGGAUAGCAAGAAGAGCCAAUCUACCAAUAGAUUACUUCACUCAGUCAGCAAGAUUCAAGUCCCUCACCGCAUCUUCUACCUCCAAGAGCUUGCCUUUCUGACAGACGGUGGAAACCCUCCAGUUCCAUUGUUGCCAUUUGUUUUGAUCAAAAAUCGCAACUCCGAAUAGACGUAUUCACAUCUUUUCGUCAUCCAAUUUGAUCAAAACAACUUGCAACAAUUGAAAACUAUGUAGAUCGAAUGAUAAGAAGAAGGAACGUACAUAAGAUUAUAUUUGUUUUUACACCAA